ACAAUAAUUUUAAAGUGGGCGCGUAACAGCACCUCUCGGCGGCAGCGGAGAUGUCAGGAGGCGUUCGGCUGACUGCUAUCGACAGGAAAAAUAUCCUGAAAGCUGCUGAGCAGCUGUGCAAGUCUGUGCACUUCAGCCAGUCUGAGGUGGUGCAGCUGCUGAUGAAAUAUCACGAGAUGACAAGUGACCGAAUUGACAGAGUCAAGUUCAGAGAUUUACUGCACGACCAUUUUGACAUGAGCGAUGACUUCUUUAUGGACAGAGUGUUCCGAGCAUUCGACAAAGACAGCGACAGUUUUCUGUCUCAGGAGGAGUGGGUCAGGGGAAUGUCCAUCUUCCUCAGAGGCUCUCUCGAGGAGAAGAUUGAAUAUUGUUUCAACAUCUAUGACCUGAACAAUGAUGGCUACAUCAGUAGAGAGGAGAUGUUCCAGAUGCUGAAGACGACAGUGCGACCCACAGGAGAAGAAGAACUGGAGGACUAUGUCAAGGAUCUGGUGGAGAUCACCAUCAAGAUGAUGGACAAGGAUUCCAAGCUGUCACUGGAAGAUUACAGAACUGCAGUGCAGAAAGAGCGACUGCUGAUUGAGGCAUUCGGCCCUUGUCUUCCUCCCCGACAGAAACUUGAGGAGUUCUCUGACUCUCUGUUUAACUCCUCCACCACCACCUCACUCCCCUAGCUCUGUCACAUGAUAGUCACAUGAUCUUCCUCUCUCUGUAUCCUGUGCCAUUGUACAAUACAAUGAUGUCUUCACAUUAUGAGCAGAAAACAACUGGUUAACAUGUAAACAAGGAACAUGUCGAAACAAUGGUUGACUUGUGUCUGGCAUACCUUCCUCCCUAUCUCCUCACUAGCUCUCCCUCUCUUGCUGGCAGUUUAAAGCUAGCUAGUACUAGAAUAUCUGGUAGGAAUUGACUGAUAGUUACACUAGACUAACUGGUGCUGCUGGUGGGAAUUGACUGUCUCUAGCCCGCGGUGGAGUAGAAUAGGUGGACAGAUAGGGAGGCAUUGACUAUUAGGUCAGUCACUGCUGCAAUAGUUGAUAGUGAGGUAUAUAUAGCUUGUGGUGUGGAUAUA